AUGGGGAAAAAUUUCCCGCACUUAGGGACUUGGCAAUUGGUAACUGGAAGGCGAGAAUGUCAAGAAAGCGAAGAUGUAAAGAAUGACUUUGAUGUUUUUAACUUGGAUGACUGUGUAAAUGGGAUGUCCCGACUGCAGUGGAGAACAAGGCAAGGAGCAGGUUUGAAGUGGGAAACGUUGAAUUCGGCUUUGAGCAAACACGGUGAGCUUGAGUUUGUGUACUUGUUGAGAGCUUUAUCUGACUGUGUUUUUGCUGAACUUGUUUUUUCCGAGACCCUCUAUGCUCAUAGAUUCAGUUUCACCUUGCCACCUGCAAUCCGGCAGUUUCAGCGGCAGAAGAGGUCACAGAAACCUCUUAUAGCAUCCCUGGGCAGAAGCAUGCACCGUUUUUCCUUCUUGCUCUGGGCGCUGGCACUGAGACAGGCUUCUGGAGCUGCCAUCGGAGAUAUGACAGGAAGAAUAUUAACAGCGGGAAACAUUUCUGCAGAAGAAGGUGGUUCUGUCACCUUCCAUUGCCACUUAUCACACACCAAUGCCAAUGUGACUCAGAUCCACUGGUUGCAGCAGGACCAAUUCCUGGCAGUUCAUCACGCUAAUCUGGGGUGGCACAUCCCCUCCAACUUCAGGGACCGAGUGAGCCCAGGCCCCAACCUGGACAUCACCCUCCAGUCGCUGACCAAGAACGACACAGGGGAAUACUUCUGCACUUUUCACACCUACCCUGAUGGGAUAUACAAAGGGAGACUCUUUCUGGAGGUCCUACAGAACUCAGUGGCUAAGCACAGCACUGUGUUCCAGAUGCCAUUUCUCGGAGUCUUGGCCGCACUGCUGGUGGUCAUCUGCAUAGCAGUUAUUGUGGUGGCCGCACAGUUCACAAAGAACAAGCUAUGCGGAACCCAUUCUGCAGGAAAUGAUCUCAAGAGGACGGCAUCUGAACAUGAGGCUUGGAACCCCAGCAUUCCUUCAAUCCCUGGAACCUGGGCCCCUGACAGCCCCUGCAGAGAGCAGGGGGAUGAGAACUAUGCUGAUCUACACGACUACUUCAACGUCCUGAGUUACAGAAGCCUGGGGAACUCCAGCUUCCUGGUAGAGACUAGUUAA